CGAAGGUAAAGUCAUCUGGUCCUUCAUCAUACAGUUGCAUGACUUGUAUUCUAUUUUAUUUUGCCUCGGUUUGCUGAUCUGGUUUCUGUAUUAAGCUAAGCACUUGGCAGAUGCUUUGCCGCCGAUUGUUGAGAUUUGGCAUGCAGUUAGUGAUUCUUGUCUCCUUAACAAGAUUGUAAUGGACUUAGAGGUUAUGCUGCUCCAAAAAGAUUUGAUCCAUUAUUGGCAACAAAUGGAGCAUGGUGCACAAUAUUCUUGCUGCCUAAUGGGCUUUGCCAGCAAGACUGCUUUUGUUUCUUGACUAUAAAUAGAGUGUGCUGCAAAGGCCUGAGCACCAACAAAGCACAUCUGCUCUUCUCUUUCUCUUCCAUUUCAUACAGAAACACAUCAUCACUUCAUCCAAUAGAAACAUGGCUUGCCAUCAAAGAUCUGCAAGUUUGCCUUCUAUCGCUCACUCCAGUGAAUCCAAAGUAGAUGUAGAGCUGCAGCGCCUGAAGUCAUGCAUCUCUUCACCCUCCGCAACCAUUGGCACAAUGUGUGGUGGCUACGCAAGGCUUGGAGACAUCUACAAGAGCAUAGAGGAGAUCAUGGGCUUGCCCAGCAACCAAGUUGGCCUCUCCUUUCCCCAAAACAAGAAAAUGGUGGAAGAGGAACUGGAACGGUCCCUCGUGCUGAUCGAUCUCUGCAAUUCCAUGCAAGAGAAUUUAGCAGGGCUGAAGAUGAGUAUCCAGGAGCUGGAACUGGUUCUGAAAAGAGGAGAUGAUGCGGCUGUUCAGCUCAAGGUUGAGUCUUUCAUUCGCCUCGCGAAGCAGGCCCAGAAGCCUUUCAAGAAGAUCACAAGCAGCAAAGCUGUUGCUGAGGAUUGCAGGCUGGUCAGGGUACUGGCGGAAACCAGAGAGAUGUCUGUCUCUCUACUUGAGUCCACAUCGCAUCUGUUGCCGAAGCAGUUCACCACCACCAAAGGAAGCAAAUGGUCUCUUGUCCAGAAAAGAAAGGUCGUUUGCGAGGAGGAACAGUUGCAAGCGCUUGAGCGAAGCAUGGGAGAUCUUGAAAACGGCGCUGAGCUUCUGUUCAGGAGAUUGAUCCAAAGCAGGGUUUCGCUCCUGAACAUUCUCAGCUCCUAGACACUCUCAGGCCUUGUUUCUCUAGCAUAUUGCGAUUGGCAUCCGCCUUUUAAAGGAUUCACCAGUCAUAUAGAACCUUUCUAGCUUGUGUACUGAGUACACUACUAAAUGUACAUACAAAUGAUCAGUUGAAUAAAGCAGUUUUGACUAA